ACAAAUCAGAUGCAAACCGAUUCUUUGUCUCCAUCUCCUAAUACUGUGUCACCAGCACCUAUAAAUAACCCCACAAGUGUCCCAAGAUUUGGAACAGUCAUUCCUAAUCGCAUCUUUGUUGGAGGAAUUGAUUUUAAGACUAAUGAGAAUGACCUGAGGAAGUUUUUUUCCCAGUAUGGAUGUGUGAAAGAAGUAAAAAUAGUAAAUGACAGAGCUGGAGUGUCAAAGGGGUAUGGUUUCAUCACAUUUGAAACACAGGAAGAUGCACAAAAGAUUUUACAAGAGGCAGAAAAACUAAAUUAUAAGGAUAAGAAACUGAAUAUUGGUCCAGCAAUAAGAAAACAACAAGUAGGGAUUCCUCGAUCCAGCAUAAUGCCAGCAGCUGGAACAAUGUACUUAACUACAUCAACAGGAUAUCCAUACACAUACCAUAAUGGAGUAGCUUAUUUUCACACUCCUGAAGUUUCCUCUGUUCCACAGCCAUGGCCUUCACGUUCUAUUUCUAGUUCUCCUGUGAUGGUAGCUCAGCCUGUCUAUCAACAACCUACAUAUCACUAUCAGGCUCUUGCUCAGUGCCUCCCAGGACAAUGGCAGUGGAGCAUUCCACAGUGUCCUGCUGCCUCUCCCACCUCAUUUUUUUAUCUGCAUCCUUCUGAAAUUAGUUACCAGCCACUGGAAAUUGCACAGGAUGGUGGCUGCAUUCCUCCUCCUCUUUCCUUCAUGGAAGCUGCAGUUCCAGAGCCAUAUUCAGAUCAUGGAGUUCAAGCAGCAUAUCAUCAGGUUUAUGCUCAAAGUGCCAUCGCCAUGCCAGGCCCUGUGAUGCAACCGGAAUCUGUUAAAGAAACCAGGAUACAUUCUAUGAGAAGAAAUUUUUCACAUCAGUCAUCUGUGACUUUGAAGCCUCGAUAUGCACGAAGUCCUCACUUUCAUCCUAGAAAAGAUUACAGAUCAGAUGAGACAAUGCUCACUACUCCUUCCUCUACAGACUCUGUUAAAUAG